UAUACCAUGAUAAUGAUUUUACUCAAUAUUAUUGCAGUAAUAAGGUAGAGAAUUCACUGAAUCUUAAAAUGUCUUAAUCUAAACAGUUCUUAUUAUACUACUCUCGGAUUUCUCAGCGACAACUCGGACGCUGUUAUUCUAUAAUUGUUUAUAAUUAAUUAAUCUGAACAUGUUUAUAUUCCUAGUGUUCAUUUCACUUGUAAACGGACAUUUUCCGUUAAACGAAACCAUGUUUAAACCGAGAUGUCAUCUAAAUAGAAAUAAAUUAAUAAAACGUUGCUUAGCUCCAGAUUUGGAAGAACAAUACUCGAAUACAGAAACUUUUAAAAUGACUUCUUUACCGCUGUUUAAAAAAACUGCCAGAACUAGAGAUUAUCUGUCGCCGUUCAAUGAAAGUGGAGUGCAAAGAAGUCGAGAGAAAUGCAAAUAUAGAAAGGAUUAUAUUGUUCGAGUUCCUGAAAAUUUGCUGGACGUACACUGGGAGGAGUAUAAAACGAAAUACAAUAAAAAGUAUCAGAGCAGGUUUCACGAGAGGUCAGCGUUAUCGACUUGGAGAAGCAAUAUGAAGAGGGUGGCGGGUCACAACCAGGAGUACCUCGCCGGCAAACAGGCGUACACACUGCACCUGAACCACUUCGGGGACUGGUCCAUAUUUAGUUACAUCAAGCAGUUGUUGAAACUGAUCAGAACCUUACCCCUGUUCGACCCGGCAGAGGACCGCCGCAGGACGACCUACCGGAACACCUUUGACACCCGACUGCCAGAGAGGGUGGACUGGCGGGAGAAGGGUUUCCGUCCUCGUUUGGAGGAGCAGUUCCACUGUGGAGCGUGCUACGCCUUCGCCAUCACACACGCUGUUCAGGCUCAAGUCUACAAGCGACACGGAGACUGGAGGGAGUUGAGCCCGCAGCAGAUAGUGGAUUGUAGUUUUAAGGAUGGCAACUUCGGCUGCGACGGAGGUUCCUUACAAGCGGCUCUGAGGUACGUGGCGAGGGAUGGUCUCAUCAGGGAGACAUAUUACCCUUACAUCGGUCAAAGAGGCGCUUGUCAUUACAACAGUGAGUCCGUGUCGGCCCGCGUCCGGCGCUGGUCCUCCCUCCCUCCGGGAGACGAAGCAGCCAUGGAGCGAGCACUGGCCACGCUCGGACCACUAGCCGUCGCCGUCAAUGCAGCGCCGUUCACCUUCCAGUUAUACAGAAGUGGCAUAUACGAUGAUCCAUUCUGCGUCUCCUGGCACCUCAACCACGCCAUGUUGCUAGUGGGAUACACGCCAGACUAUUGGAUACUACUUAACUGGUGGGGAGAGCAGUGGGGGGAAAACGGAUACAUGAGGAUAAGAAGAGGACUGAAUAUUUGCGGGGUGGCAAAUAUGGCGACUUAUGUGGAACUAUAAAGUGUAAUAACAUUACUGGCAAGUUUGAAAAGUUACGCCACUGUGUGACAGAAUUAUAUUGCAACAAACAAACAGACCUAAGAUAUUGACAAAAUGUUUUUUUUAUUAAGUUAAAUAGAUCUCUUGGGUACCGGCCCUGUAGAUAACCUUUCUUUGCGUAUAUAAAAUGUACCACACACAUGUUAUUAUAUAAACAUUUAUCUUUAACGUUUAUUGUUCCUUACACCUUCCAGUUUAGCGACAUCUGUUUUUCAAACAUUGUAACCUGUCUGAUGUAAUUAGAAAUUUAAAAACAGUGUGUUCGUCAGUUACUUUAUUCCUUUUGUAGACAUCUCUAUUUCGGGGAAAUCCAAACUUCGAUUAAUCUUGAAAUUUCAUAGAAGACUGUUUUGAGACGACCAUAUUUAAAUCCGUACAUAAAAUUGUAAUAAAUUUUAUUAUUAAAUAAACAAAAAUGAAAUUGACUUUGUUUCUACAACAUACGUCUCCAAAAAUCGAUACUCAUUGUGAUAGUGAGUU